AUGGUUACCCCCACAUCGCUAGAAGUCCUCAAUCUGCAACAGAACCGUUUGGAGGCAAUUUCUCCUCAGUUUUUAUCGUCGUUGCCUCAAUUAACCACUUUGAAUGUUUCCCGUAACUGUCUCAACCAACUGCCGGAAUACGUUUGUCUGUGUCCCUCAUUAAAGGAGCUCAAUGUUGCAUCGAAUCAUCUUAAUUCUUUACCUAUGGCGGGAAAUAUGCCGAGAAUUGGUCGAGCUUCUCGCAGUGUACAACCCUCCACGCCUACUAGUCCGAUAGCAGGCUCAGAUGCUGUCGCAAUCAGUGAUGGCGUAGAAGAGCCUACUAAUGUUAUCACAAAGCCGCUAAUUCGACAGAAUAUCUGGCAGUCAGGAAUAAACUUAUCAAAGAAGUCUCCUUGCAGUUAUCGCAACGCCACAGGGGGAGGCGUCAAUAAAGCGCUGGAGGAGGCCCUAGCAAAGGGCCUCGGUUCGAUGUCGGAGGCGGAUGAAAAAAUCGCCAGAGCCCUCGGCCCGGAGGUCAGCUUCGGCGGCCUCCGGGUCGCUGAAAGCUGUGUUGGCGCCGCGCCACCCUCCGAAUGCUCCAACCCCAGAGCAUCGCAGGAAUUGCUUCAACAGCUGUCCACGUUUGAGAGCGACAGUGAUACCGAUCGUGAGGAAAUACCAAGAAAAAGGGGCCGUAAGCCUAGAGUUCGCGAGAAGUUCCUAGAGGAGCAAACUAGAUACAUUAGGCAAGGAGGCUGUACCUCGAAAAAAAAAUAUGCGAUGCUCACUAAAGUGGACUCCCUCCUCGACAAGAUCCAGAUCACUGUAUUUAUACAACCCAAUAAUGGAGCUGUACACACCGCAGGACAAAGGACGACAAAAACCGAUCCUAAUAUAGAAGAGUCUCUUCUUUUAUCGCGAUUCUGA